AUGAAAGCAUUAGAUGUUGAGGAAGGGAAGAAGAAUCCGACGUCAAUAGUCCGAUCAAAAUCAGGGGAAAAAAGGUGGGUUAUUUACAUAAACAACAUCAUAGAAAAAGAGCUGAAUAAUAACCAAAAAUCCCACAUUUCUUCUUCAAUUUUCAUUGUCCCGAAAUUCCUUAGUGCUACAAAACCUGAAGAUUAUACCCCACAAUUCUUAGCUUUAGGCCCUUACCAUCAUUUCUCACAAGAACUUUAUGAUAAUAUGGAGCGUUACAAAUUAAUGAAUGUUUCAAACAAAAAUUUACAAUUCAAUUUCCAAUCUUUUUUAUCUCGACUUUCCCAAUUUGACCUCCAAAUUCGUGCUUCUUAUCACCGCCGUUUAGAUCUCGACGCCGAUACUCUGGCUCUCAUUAUGACAAUUGAUGGCCUUUUCUUGCUCGAUUUUCUUUACUCAAAAUUCAAAAAUUACCAUGAUUUUUUAAUCUUGAGAGGUAAAAAUAUAUUGAGUAAUGACGAUGUUGUAGUGCGAGACAUUAUUAAGCUAGAGAAUCAGAUUCCAUUAUUUGUUUUAAAAGAGAUUUAUUUUGGGAUGAUUCAAUGCGAGGAAAGUAAUAAAUUAUGGGAUGAUUUGUUUGACUCUGUUUUGGUCGGAUUUUGUUCUGAAAUUUCCCCUUUGGACGGCGGCGGUGGUGGUGGCGACGGCGGCGGGUUUAUUGAUUGUGCACAUGUUUUGGAUGUUUUGCACCGUAUGAUUUUGCCAGAGGAUUUGGGAUGCUCCGAUGAAGCGGAGGCGGAGAUGGCGACCGCGGCGUCGAGGAAUAAUAAUAAUAAUAAUUAUUAUAGUAAUGAAUUUGGUAAUUCGAGGUCAUCUUUGAAGAAGGAUAAUUAUCUGUGGAAUUUGGUAGUGGAUAGUGUAAAUAUUUUGAGGAAUUUUAAGAAGGUUUUUGAAUUUAUUGGACGUUUAAUGGAAGUGUUGCCGGUUUUGGGGGGAUUGGUUUCACCGAUGGGAGAAGUUUCCGGUGAGGAUGGAAACAGAAUAGAAGAUAAAACGCCCUUAAUGGAAGCCGGCGUUAAAGUUCCGACAGCCUCCGAGCUUUUCGAUACAGGAGUUAGGUUCAAAGCGAGCACAAGCAUCAAAACAAUAAAAUUCGAUGCAGAAACCGUCACAUUCUUCCUCCCAGUGAUCAAAAUCAGUGCACACUCAGAAGUAAUAUUACGAAAUUUAGUUGCAUAUGAAGCCAUGGCAAUGCCUCAUUCCAUGGUUUUCACUCGCUACUUACAUUUAAUGAACAAUUUCAUUGACACAGCAGAGGAUGUCAAAAUCCUCAAACAUUCAAAAAUUCUUCUUAUCACUGACAUGAUUAAGAAAGAUGAAGAAAUUGCAAUGCUUUUCAAUGGGAUUAUGGCUAACAAUUAUUCUAUUGGAUUAAGCCCUGCAAAAGAGCUCGAUCAAGCCAUAAAUGGUGUUAACAAAUACUAUCAAAAGAAGCCCAAAGUGAAGGCCAAUAGGAUAAUUAAGAAAUAUGUUUAUAGUUCUUGGAGGAUUUUGACUCUAAUUGCUACGCUUUUGAUUUUGGGGUUAUUGGUUUUGCAAUCGUUUUGCUCUGUUUAUAAUUGCCCUCGUUUGUUUGGUACUGAUAAAAUUGAGGGAGAUGAUAAUUCUUGA